GUGACGUCAUUUAUGGACGGCCCCUUUGCUAUCCAGCAAACAAGGGACGUUGGUCCAACUGAUCCAACCACGUGCCAAGGCUUGCCCCAAAGGUGUUCGUUUGAGUGGGGCGAUCGUGGUGAAGUGUGGUCGGUACCGCGGGGGAAUUCAAAUUGUGCCCCCUUUCUCACAGAACGCACCGCCACCCAUACAUCCUGCAUGUCACUGUGCAACGGUUACCCGUGGCAACGGCCGCACAACAACAACAAACCACGGCAAUAGCCACUUACACAAUUCGCCAUCGGCAACAAUCGGCUCAAGACUCCCGGAGCCGCUCAACCGCACGACCGGACGAGUCGAUUUGAAGAAAAGAAUAUAAACGUUUACCAAGAGCGAGGUUUAAACUGAACACGCAAAUGGAUUCCUCCCCCACCCCCUCCCCAUCUUCCACGUGAAUGACGGCUUAGACGCACUGCGAUACAAGCGGUAGAAAUCAGGACCAGCGGUGCAAUCAUCAUCAUCAGUAGCAUCAGCAGCAGCACCGCAUUGACAGCAUAUCUGCUAUCAGGUGUAGUGGCAUAAAGCGGCUGUAGUUAGUAUCAGCAGUAGCGGCACGAUCGGCAGCUGUACUGGGUAGAAGCUGCUGCUAGCUGCUACUGCCGAGUUGGAAGAGCGUCUGGAAGAUGGAACACAAAGUGGGUCGCCACCCAUGGUACAAGGAGCGCUUGCUGGCAAAGCAAAUCAAGUGGGGCAAGAAGAGCGAACUUGGGGGUUCCUACGACUGCCGACGGUGGCGAUUCCUCCGUCCCAACCUGGACGCGGACUGGCAGGGCCUCCCCCCGGUCUUGACCACCGCAAGCCUCCUCGCGUACAACGCCGCAACACAGCACGCGGUAUCAUCGUCCGCCCGCUCGGCCAACUCUGCAGCCGACCUCGAGCCUCACCAGAUGCACGAACAUCGCGAUGUGACCACCGCCCAAGAAUCACAGGAACGCCUGGAGCCCUCUGCAAAGGUGAACGAUCCCGACAAGCGGGGAUGGGUUGAUAAAAAGGAACGCUUGAGGCUACCGGCUAUCGAUGCCCACACCGCAUCGUUGGAUGGUUUGCUGGUUCGCGUUGGGAGUCCGCGGGCUGAACCAGUGCUAUUCAAUUCCAAGAAGACGGGGCAAGGACGCCGGCCGAACAAAUCGUCCGGCUUCGUGGAUCAGCGGCGAUACCUGUCCCGGCUCUCUCCGCUGCAGCAAGCGCGCCGGGCGCUCGUGGAGGAGACGGAGUGCGGCUUGCGCGAGCACCCGCUCGCACUCUACCCACACCUCCAGCAGAGCCUCGAUCCGGAGCUGUUUGAAGAGGUGGUGAAUUUGCUGGACCCAGAGAUGCGGCGCUUUGAGGCAUCUCUGCAGGAGGAUGUGGAGCCACCUCCUGUCGAGCAGGAGGAUGAGGAAGACAUGGAUAAUGCAAAUGGAGAGGACACCAAACCCGAACCCUAUCCAAUAGAGGAUCGGCCAACCACCAUCUCAUCCACCCGAGAGGGCAGGUACCAGAACCCAUACCGCUGGCUUCCCAAGGUGGAGGGCAGCAGCAAGGAGGACAGGAGAGGCCGACGGAAACCUCCGAGCGGCUCCUCGCAAGACGAGGACCUCAAGCGCGUCACCCACGACUUCUGCGACUGGGUCGCCUCAUUGGGUGGGGAGAGCGACGUGAUCGAAGAGUCCACCCUGAUGAGCCUCUUUGCGAGUGGCUACGAGACCAAGCCCCCGCUCACCGUGCCCAUCCACGUGGUGGAGCUCGCCAACGUGCCCCCUGAGCUGCGCUCGGCGGCUGGCGCCACCCCGGACAGCGCUCCCUCCGCCAAUGCCAACGGCACCUCCGCCCACAAGACCGGUGCAGGGCCGCAGCCACAAAGUGGGAGGAUGUGCUACGGGGCCUGGUAUCUGCCACCUGCCACUUGGAAGAAAAAGCCUCAAAAUGAGCCUCUGGAGGACCCUAACGUUGUCCAGGAGAGGGAGGCUUCUGAAGCCAAGAAGAGAGCUACUGCCAUUGACACGCAGCUGCUGCACUUGCACGGCGCUCUGGCAUUCCGCAAGUUUGUGGACGAAAAGGGAGCUCGUCGGCCACAGGUGAGGCCCUUUUCAUCAAGUUCUCAUAAACGUAAGAUUGAAUGGUAUAAGAUUACAUUUUGGGUAUGCGUGUAUAUAGUACAGCCCUUUGUCAAUCCACCACUAGAUGACGACCUCCCUCACACCAUGACGGUUAUGGGGUCUGUUUGACUAUACUUCACCACGCUGGUCAGUACUGGUUGGUGCUAUCCGAACCGGUCCACUUGCCACUCGAUGCAAGCCGUGUCUGGAAAUCAAAGGCAGGUAAACAGAGUUCAGUGCAGUGUGGUAGCCACUGCAUCACCACUCCACCCCAACAAUGCUGUAUACACUGAUAAUACCCACAUACCCAUUAGACUGGCAUAAAAAAGAAUUGAGAGAGGCAUGAGAAUUUAGUUUUAAUGAAUUUCUGCAGAAAUUCCCUACAACCAGCUGUCCAUGCUGUGGACUCCCUGCCAAUGAAAGUACAUGCUGAAGACCUUCCUUUUUUUCCUUUGUCUCUGACCACCUAUCUGUAAAUCAAAUAUGCCCUCCAUUCCUGUCGAGUGUUUUGAAAUGCGGCCACAUUAAAACGCUGUUUAAAUCCACACAUUGCAGUAUAUUCAUGAGCACACCUGGUGGUUUAUUCCUUGGAGAUGGAGCGUGGCUGGGAUGUCACAAUCCAAGUCUCGCCCAGCCACAAUGCUACUUCGGGCAAAAUAUUGUGAGCAAGGUACUUGGUUAACUUUGUAAUUGUUUCCGUUAUUCUGGAAUACUUUAAAAUGUCAUUUUCUACAAACCUCACGAUCCAAGUAUACACCAAUGAUCAAUCAAACCUCUUUUACCUCCACGUUUAAAUUGGAAUUUGUAUUUUAAAUUUACAAGACAUUGACAACCCUGCAAAACGGUGUUUUUAUAAUGUAGACAAUACAAUAUAUAAAUAUUUUUUUACAAAUAGCAGCAGUAUGUCCAGAAUAAGGUUUCCGGCCGAAUGGUUUUCAGGGGUUGGGCUCACUGUUCCUUUUCUGGAUUCAGUUCCUGGAGCAGGUGUCCAUGGAGCUCUCUGAAGAGGAUGGGAGAGAGCAGACCUCUGCUGGCAAGGCCAGGAAGCGCCAGACUGUGGAAAAGGGACGCCAGUCAUCUGCAUCCACCGCUGCAGAAUCCGUCCUCAAUUAAUA